CCAAACACACACUUACAAAUCCUGAACGCCAAAUGCUCGACAGAAAUCCUGAGCGAAGCCAAUGCCGCCUCCCCGCCCGAGCGCUCGCGUCCAGGAGGAGAACCUACUCGUGCGCCUGGCGGCUCGGUGCGCGUCCGGGCGCCAGCUCGAUCAGCUCCACGCCCGCGCCGUGCUCCUCGGCCACACCCGCAACAGCUUCGUCGCCGCCAAGCUCGUCCGCGCCUUCGCCGACCUCGGCCACCUCGGUCGCGCGCGCGCGGUGGCCACGGCGCUCGGCCCCGCCGCCAACGCCUUCGUGUGGACAGCGCUGGUGCGAGCGCACUCCCAGUCGGAUGCCGCCGCGCACGAUGCCGUGGCGCUCUACGCCCAGAUGCAUCACGGUUGCCCGGGGAUCAAGCCGCUCACCUUCACCGUUUCCUCCGUGCUGAAGGCGGCGGCUCGCCGCAAGAUGCUGCAGGAAGGCGAGCAAGUUCACGUGCACGUGUUCAAGAAUGGAUUCCAAACCGACGAACGCAUCGCGACGACGUUGGUGGAUUUCUAUGCGAAGUGCAGCAGGCUGGAUGACGCCCGCAGGGUGUUCGACAGAUUGUCCGUUAAGGAUGCUCAGCUGUAUAACACUAUGAUUGCUGCACAUAUGGAGGUAGGUGAGGUGGAGCGUGCAGAGGAGCUCUUCGAGGCGAUGCCGGAGAGGAACGCAUACACACUUGUGGAGAUGGUUUGUGGGUACUCCGCACGUGGUGAUAUGGACUCUGCAAAGCGUCUCUUUGAAAUAGCAGUGGCAAAGGGAGCAGAAAACACGGUUGUGUGUACAGCCAUGAUAUCUGGCUAUGCGAAAACUGGCAAUGCCGAUGAUGCUAGGGCCGUCUUUGAUGGAAUGAGAGUGCGGGAUGCUGCAACCUGGAAUGUGAUGAUUGGAGUGUAUUCAGGUGCUGGUCGGGCUGUAGAGGCUGUCGAUCUCUUCAAGAUUAUGCUGGAGAUUAGAGCAAGGCCAAAGGUGGAGCCAAACCACACUACAAUCUCUAUUGUUGCAGCUGCAUGUGCGCAGUGUGGGUUACCGACUCAGGCUAGUUGGAUACAGGAUUAUGUGGAUCGUCAUACGAUGUUGUUGAACAACCAUACUGUAGCUGCCCUCAUUGAUAUGCAUUCAAAGUGUGGUAAUAUAGAAAGGGCACUUGACUUGUUCUGCAGCUGGAGGCAAAGAGAUCUUAUCUGUUAUAGUUCUAUGAUCUCUGCAUUGGGCAUGCAUGGCCGUGGAAAAGAUGCAAUUGCCGUUUUUAAUGAGUUGUGUGACAAUGGCUUCGACCCCGAUGAAAUCUGUUUUGUGUCAGUCCUCAAUGCUUGCAGUCAUACAGGUCUGAUUGAUGAGGGACGCCGAUACUUCAAGACGAUGAAGGAUGACUACAACAUUAUUCCUACUGUAGAACAUUACCUGUGCGUGGUGGACUUGCUUGGUCGUGCGGGAUGCAUUGAUGAAGCUUACCAAAUGAUCACACAUGAGAUGCCAAAGGACAUUGAAUCACAUGCUGGAAUUUGGGGCCCUCUAUUAAGCGCAUGUAGGACUUACUCAAAUGUGGAGAUUGGGGAGGUGGCAGCAAGUCACCUAUUCAAGUUGGAACCAAAUAACGUGGGGAAUUAUGUCCUGCUUUCAAAUAUAUACGCAAAUGCAAAGAAGUGGGACGGAGUCCAAAAGGUUCGAGCCCUCCUGAGGAGACAAGGAAUGAAGAAGCCGCCUGGGUGGAGCCAAGUUGAUGCUGAAGGCAGUCUUAGAGAGUUUAUCACCGGUGAGCUUGACAGUGUUCUAGAGGCGGUCUUGGAGAUACUGAAUUGGGAGCUCAAGGAUCAUGGUUACACGCCAAUCAUAGAAGAUGAAUGAAGAAUUGAAGAUACUCAUUUCUCAAGUGUGUGUUGUUCUCAAGGGUGCUGUAAAGAAAUGGUGAAGCAUAUAUUCAGUAUCACAUUUCAGAUCGCUGGCGCCGCGUAGCAUCCCUUGGUGUUGCCCAAAAGUCCAAACUCCCAAAGUAAAAAAGACUCCAGGUUGUUGCAACUGGGAAAAGAAGAUGAGAAAGAAUAUAGCCACCUCUGACAGUGAUUGCAAGAAAGAUGACCCAGCUGGUUUGGGGAUACCUAUUUUGCAUCCUCUGUGGCCUAUAUAAACCCAGGUAUUUGCAUGGUCUCCUCUUAACACAAGAAGCAUGGCAUGUAGAGGAAGUGGAAGAGGGCUCUUCAAGGACUUUCCUCUCCUUCUCCCUCAAAGGCCUCCGACGGAGGGCUUUGAGUGAGAUGAAGAGGGCGCUCCUUGCUGUCGAAAUUCAUGCCGUUUGUCCAGUAGAUUUCUAAUGCCGCUGUACAUCGCAAGGCCCGGCUUUGUCGCUCUGCGGAGUAUCGGCUCCGCUGCAGUCAAUACUCUUCUACUGGCUAGCCAUGCUGAAGAUGCUGAGUGAACUAUUUCAGAAUUUCCUUCGAAAUGUGAAAACAACAAUAGGUGAUAACCCUUCGGAACACCCAGAGUAUGGGCUCUACUGACGGUAAGCUGUUACCACCAUCUUUGCUGGGUAGUAGAGUUGUGGGGUCGGCUCUAUGUAGCAGUGUAUAAAUACAUGCGUUGUGUAAAUUUGUUUGAAUCAGAGUCUAUGAAAUCCAUUAUCCAUGCGUUUAUCUCCAAGUUGCAGGGGUGUAUCAGGAGAGCGCAUCUGCGUGGAUGCGUGUGUAUGCACCUUCUUUGUACUCU